UAAAGGCUAUUUUUAAAGCACCUGCAGAAGCCACAGUGACUUCUAUCACGGUCUCACGUUCGCAUGAAAUCGGUGGGGAUGCUCCACAACAGAGCAGGCUGAUAGCCCGGAGUACACAUAGGAUCAACAAAGUAUUUCCACAAUGUAUUAGAGACAAUUCACCUGGCUCUUGGCGAGACAUCUGAUAUUGCACCAGUGAAAUACUCAGUCCUGCAACAAUACCUACAUAAAAGCUUGGCUGUAAUAAAUUAAGCUUUUAAAAAACUCUUAUUCCUGAAAAUGGAUUUUCGAUUUGAUUUUGCUGUUGAUGAAAAUGAGAACAGUGAGGCAGAUGCUCAGUUCUUAGUGCUGUGCUCUCCAGAGCACAAGCAGGAAUCCAGGGAAAAGAGCAGGGGAACUGCCGAUCUCACAGCCAAGUCCAGCCCGAAGCUGGCUGCUGCUCAGCACCAGGAUGAGGCAGCUUUGAAGAAAAACCUCUGUGUGAAAGCUGCCAAGGAGCACAGCAUUCCCCAAGAUCUCAACAAAUUAUUGGAAAAUAAAGUCAUGGAAACAGUAUUGGACCUGUCUUCUGUAAAGCUGUCUGUAGUGGAAAUGACAUGUUCAGGUGAUGCUGACAGUGAAGGCAUCGUGUCCAAAAGUGUUUCUUCUCACUCUGAUCUCAUCCCAGGAGUCUACGAAGGAGGGCUGAAAAUCUGGGAGUGCACCUUUGAUCUCGUGGACUACUUUUCUGAGGCUGAAAUAGAAUUUACCAACAAGACUGUAUUGGAUCUUGGCUGUGGGGCUGGAUUGUUGGGAAUUGUUGCUUUACAGGGUGAAGCUGCCAGAGUCCAUUUUCAGGACUACAACAGCACGGUGAUCGAUGAAAUAACCUUGCCUAACGUGGUGGCCAACUGUACCAGUGAAAGCAGGAGGAUGGGCAGUGGGAAGGACAGAAAAGGCAGCAAGCCUCCUUCAAAGAGGCCCAGGAAAGCAGAGGGCUCACCUGAUGUGCUCAAGAGAUGCAGAUUUUUUUCUGGAGAGUGGUCUCAAGUCAGCCAGCUCCUGUUGAACAGCAAACCCUGUUUGAAGUAUGAUUUAAUUCUCACCUCUGAGACCAUCUAUAACCCUGACUACUACAGUGCUUUGCAUGAUACACUGGCUCAGCUCCUGGACAGAAAUGGCCGUGUGUAUUUGGCAAGCAAAGUGCAUUAUUUUGGAGUUGGUGGUGGUACCUAUCUCUUUGAGAAAUUCAUUGAAGACAAAAAAGUGUUUAAAACCAGGAUGGUUAAAACAAUCGAUCAGGGUCUGCAGCGAUGCAUUAUGGAAAUUACCUUUAAAAAUUCCUGUUAAAAUUAAAGUACUGAUCUUCCAAAAAUAGCUCAAAAAUGUUUUAA